AUGCUACCUAAACCUUCUCGAUCGAGAUUGCCUGCAAUCGCCACUGCACGGGCAGAAACUCCCGAUGUCGCCAACAAUGGACGACAACGUCAAACAAAGAAAGACGAGGCCAUUCGUAAGAAACUUGAGCAAGAAUUGUCGAAAAAACGAACAGGCACUACUCGUGUCCGCCAAACACGCAAGAUCGCUGGCACUGUUUCUGCCUUGCGACCUGCCCAGGCAUUGACCGUUAAGGAGAACAUGCUAGUGAUCGAGGCUUCUCAGCUCAUGGCAGCCAAACGAAGUGAUUGUGUUUUGGUAGUUGAUGAAGAUGAUCACCUCAGUGGUAUCUUCACUGCCAAAGAUCUAGCUUAUCGAGUAGUAGCUGAAUCAUUAGAUGCCAGACACACACCUGUGUCCCAGAUCAUGACCCCCGGCCCGAUGUGUGUUACAGCUGAUACGUCUGCAACCGAUGCCUUGAAUUUGAUGGUGACUCGAGGAUUCCGUCAUUUGCCUGUUUGUAAUGAGGAAGGCGACAUUUUUGGAUUGCUAGAUAUCACAAAGUGUCUCUAUGAGGCCCUGGAUAAGAUGGAACGUGCAUUUGGCUCAUCUAGAAAACUUUACGAUGCUUUGGAGGGUGUUGAGCGUGAAUGGUCUGGUAGUCCAGUCCAAUUGGCUCAAUAUAUGGAGACAUUGAGAGAUAAGAUGUCAUGCCCUGAUCUCAACACCGUUUUGGAUGGAUCCUUGCCUGCUCAAGUUAGUGUGAAGGUCAAUGUUAGAGACGUAGCUAGAUUGAUGAAGGAGUAUCACACAACUGCCGUAUUGGUUUCCGACAGAGAAGGACUUGCAGGAAUCUUUACAACGAAAGAUGUGGUUUUGCGAGUAAUCGCAGCUGGUCUUAACCCAGAAAACUGUUCUGUUGUACGUGUCAUGACACCCCAUCCUGAUACAGCAUCUCCUCAUAUGUCCAUCAUCGAUGCCUUACGCCAAAUGCAUGACGGUCAUUACCUUAAUCUUCCAGUAUUGGAGGAUGGUCGUGUGGUAGGCAUUGUGGAUGUCCUCAAGUUGACUUAUGCCACUUUAGAGCAGAUCAACAGUAUUCAAGGCGCUGAUGGUGAAGGUCCCAUGUGGUCUCGUUUCUGGGACAGCUUUGGUGCCACUGAACAUGCCGAAAAUGAGUCUCAGCUCUCGGAUCCAACCUCCCAUCAUCAUCAUUUGCCUGCAUCGCAACACCCAAUGGAGGCUAUCUCUCCUGAACCUUCUAUUUCGUUUUCUCAACUUCACGGUUUUCCUGAAAUUUCACCUAACGAGUCUGCCAGUAUGGUUGCCCACAACGAAGAUAAUAGAUCAGCAAACUCAUCUCACAAUACACGCCCCACUAAAACGUCUGGAAACGGGGGUGAUGGGUCUUUUGCCUUCAAAUUUACUACCAAGGGUGGUAAAACACACCGCAUUGCCUCUACUCCUAAACACUCCCAAUUACUGGAACUCGUCCGCCAAAAGGUGUUGAGCGAACACGUUCCUUCUGCUGCAGAGGGUGAAUGGUUGAGCAUUUCAUACUUGGAUGAUGAGGACGAUGAGGUUUUGAUUACUUCCGAUGCUGAUGUUCAAGACGCUGUUCGGUUAGCACGCAAAUUGGGACAGGACCGUGUAAAACUAUUUGCUCAUGAUUCAACCAGUGUCACUGCUCAUACGGCAGAGCCUCCGGCGCCUGUCAUCUCACUUUCGCCUCCUUCUGAUGUUUCUUCUAAAACGAUGCGCCAAGAAGACGAUGAUACUUCAUCAAUGACCUCCCGUUCAACUCGUAAACGUUCGUCAAAGAGAAAGAGUUCUCGACGCAAUGAAAGCGAGGAACCUGAAGAGUAUGAGUCGAACACAGGGUUCCCUCAGGAACUCAUUUUGCCCGCAUCCAUUGCUUUUCUGGGUGUGGUUAUUCUCGGAGUGUUUGCUUUUUCACGUGUUAGCCCCAAGCAUCGCUAG